AACGUAGGAGGAAAAUUACGAGGGACUCCGACUGUAACUGGAGAGUGAAGAUGGCAUACGCGAUUUGAUUAGGAACUUGAAAUAUUUAUGUUGAUAAACAAUGAGAGGAUCAUACUAAACUGAGAUGUCGACUUUAGGAAACAGCGAUAUUGUUGUAUCCCUCAAAAGUACAUCAAAAGGCCGUCUUGUUUAUGAUAGAAGUCGGCAUGUGACGAAGAAAUUUUUAGAUGAGUGCUCUUCUCCACCAGAGUUAUCUCGUUUGCAUGAUGAGUCCAAAUACAAAUAUGUAAAUCCAAAUUAUCAACGAGAAAAACAACAGCAACAACAAGAAAAGAGAGAUGAAGAGAAACAAGAAAGGAGUGAAGAAUCUUAUGAUUUCGGUGAGGACUCCGGACCACUGGAGCUGGAGAAACUUCAAAUCUCACCACGAAAGCCUGCCUUGGUUGUGUCCCCGGACUUCGUCAGGAGUGUGAAGGCUAUAAAAGAUUACGAACAUGUGUAUGAUAACAGGGUCAAGGAUGCAUUGGCAAAAAAGGCAAAUGAGUUUCAAACACAUAGUAAUCAACUGCAACAGAAAACGGAGAAACAGCUGAAGGAUCUGGAGCGUAAAAAUAUCCUUAAGGCUCUACAGGUGCAGGAGACCACACUUCAACAGCAUAAAAAAGGGAAAGAUGAAUCUGCCAAAGUAUAUCUAAAAAUGCAGGAAGACCACAGGAAACAUGCUCAGAUGUUGGAACAAAAACAUGAUAAGAUUCAAGAUGAAAUACGGAAAAAAGAACAAGAAAAGAAGGAGAGAGAAGAGAAAUUAAAACAGAUGUUUACAGACCUCAAAACUGUACAGAGUCGAAUACUCGCCAUACAGCCAAACUGUUCUAUACAGAACAAGCUCUCGGAGCAGUGUAAAAUGAUUGUGGAGAGAAUCCGUAAAACGACCACAGAUCUAGAGAACCACAUCAUGCAGGAGUCCCAGUCAGGAGAGAGAAACGAAAGUUUACCUGAUAAACUCAAGGAGGCUGUCAUGUUUGCUCUGAAUGCUUAUGAAGCUAUAUCAAAGAGAAUAGAGGAAGAAAAACAAAAGCUAGAGGAGGAGAAAGCAAAGGUGGCAGCGGCAGUGGCUGCUGAAGCUGAGGCUAAAAGAUUAGAGGAACAGGCCAAGGCAGCAGCUGCAGCAUCAGCACAAGCCACAUUGUCUGAAGACAAAAACAAGCCAGCUGCUGGACCAGUACCGUUGGCAGAGAAUGAAAUUCAGUGUGUAGAUCUAGAUGCCUUCCAAUGGUACACUAAGCUACAAGAGGAUAUGAAAAAGACAGAGGAGCUCAUAAAGCCUCUGUCUAACCCUGAGUCCAAGAAGUUGAAGUUUGACCUACAGAAGGCCGUUAACACACCAAUCAAUGCCAUAUCUCCGAUCAGCGGUGAGCACCUGAGAGAGAAACUGAAGCGGCUACUGGAUUUGAUGUCGGGCCAGUCUGUUGAAGUGGGCAGUAAAAGAGUUAACGUUGGCGACCAUCCUCAGGCUCUCACAUUCUGUAAACAUCUCGUCGCUAAGAUGGUGGUGAAAAAAGGAGAUGAACAAGUAUCCUCAAAGCACGAGACGGCUUUUCCCACGGCGAUGGUAUUUGUUGGUUUAUGGAUGGAACACCCAGACAUUGGUAACCUGUUCCUGAGUCAUUUACACCGCGCCUGUCCCUACACUGUCCCGUACUACAUCCCCCGACAGGAGGGCCAGUCUACCGAGGACUACCACAGGACCUUGGGAUACAGGUACAACUCUGACGGAAGUGUGGAGAAACAAGACCAGUUCCUGAAGAGGAUGUCUGGUAUGAUGCGACUGUAUGCAGCUAUCAUGGUGGCGCCACCCCCACCACUGAGGGGAGCAAACAACACUCAUCCGCAUGGAGUAGAAAAUGCCUGGAUUUGGCUUUCACGUGUGAUGAAUAUUCAUCCUCAUCCAGACAUUACAGCGACCAUGAUUUACGACAUGUUGCAUGUGACAGGAAACGCUCUAAAUGCUAGAUAUGGGAAACAGUUCCAAAAACUCUUAUACAUGCUGAUCAAAGAAUAUUUACCCAAACUAAAACAGGUUGCUUCAGCGUCUGGCGGAGGACCACUGACUCGACUAGAGACAUUCCUUGAAACGUGUCUCAAGAAUAACAGACAGGUUAUGAUACCCAAUCCAGAUGGAUUCUUACAAGCAGAGUUCUGGCGCUCUUCUUGAUGUUGAACAUCUGUAGCAAAAUGUUUCGGGGGAGGUGGGGUUAGAUUCAACACUCAUUGCAACGAGACUACACAACUUAAUGGCUCCUUUAUUAAGUCGACCUUGUGAAGGACUUGCCUUAAGCUAUUUUAUCAUACAACUGGUUCUGUCAUUAGUACCUUAUAACACCCAUCUUACGCUCAUGUGAAAUUUAUUAAGCUCAUUAGAUAGUUUGAUACAACAUUCAUCUAAAGGUUUUUGUAUUUCUGAAUGUGGUAAAUUACAUGUAAUUACUUGUUACUUUCACUCAAGUGUGGGUUCCUCCAUUUCACAUACCGUAUAUAUACAUCCUGACAAUAUUAAAUCACUCCUAUCCACAGUUACUGGCCCUGAAGAGAUCACUAAAUGGUUAACGAGACCGAUGACUUUACCAAGGUUUUCCCCCCAAGUACUAUACACGAAGACAAUUUUAAAUCGCUUAUUUGAAAAAGGAUUUUGUUAAAUAUCCUCUACUCCAAUAAACUUUUAAUGUGUUUUCAAAACUACCCGUUUACAACAAUUACUGAUCUUAUGUUUUGUUAGUCCCCAGAAAUAAUCUACACAAUUUUCUUUACAUUUUUAAUGAUCAUGAAUGUUUUUACCCAUGUUUGUCAUCCUGAUACAGCUUUGUCGAGAACUGGAUUGUCAUUUUCCAAUCAAAUAUGAAUUUAAUGAAAUCAAAAGAAAACUAAUGUCCCAUUUUGUCGUGUUGAUUUGACAAAUUUUAUACCAACUGUUGAUAUUUCUAAAAGAAAGACUGAAUUGGGGCUAAAUUGAAGCAUAUUGAACUUGACGUUCUAUGUUAACAGAAAAGAGACCCACUUCUUUAUAAUGGCUCAUUUGUAGUUUGAUAUGCCAAUGGCCAUACGAACCUUCGAAGUAAUUCCUGUUCAUUAUCUGUUUUAAAGGAGACAUAUAUCAUGUUGUUAUCUCAAUAUUCAUUGUCAGUCUGUCUGUAGAUCGUAUUUGUACACCUAGAAACCAGUAAGAAGAUUUUUUUCGAAGUUUGUGACUGGACCGGAAUAUUUGUGUCAGGAAUCAUGUCAGGUAAUUAUAGCAAUGCAUAUUAAAUUAUUCUAAAUGGAUUUCAUAGAUCAAUUAAGUUAAAAAGGUGAAAUUCAAUGUAAACAGUUAUGUAAAAUAUCAUGGACUUUAGUUUUAUAUGGCUAUAUUGUUAGUUUAAAGAUAUAUUUCCAAGGUUUUGGAUAUAGGCAAAAAUCUGACCGACAGUCUUCGAAAAAUACGUUUUACAAUUGUACUUCUAGUUUGUCUGACCACUUUGAUUACGAAAAAAUAUACAUACACUUGUAUGUUAUGGACUUAGAUUAUGAAAAACUAUCGUGCUAACAUUAUUUCUGUACAAAUGAGUAGUAUUAGUUUCCGUCUUCUCUUAUACUGUUUACACUGUAUUGUGUAAGUCUCGUUCUAAGUGGAUGAAUUAUACAUUUUUAAUGUCGUCAUAAUGAUUGCAAAUGUUUUGUUGAAUAAAUAAUUGUGAUUUUA